CGCCGCGGCCCCGGCUCUGCCAGGCGGAGAAGAUGACGGUGGGGAGGCCUGCGGGAGCCCCCGAGGGCUCCGAGAGCGGCGGUCAGAUAUUUCCUCCCAAAUCUUCCUCAGACACUGAACCAGAAGAUGAGCUGGUUUUGCCCAGGGCCGGCAAACUGCAUGAUUUCCUCAGCCCAGAGGAGGAGACGGAUUCUACUUCAGACUCCAUUGGGAGCUUUUAUGAGACUCUACAGACUCUAAAGCAGAAGGGAAGAUUGGGUCUGUUGGAGACUUUCUUUCAGUCUGACUCAGAAAGUGAUGAGAUCAGCUCUGAAGAUAAUGAAGACCUGGAGAGUUUCUUCCAAGACAAAGGCAGGGGGAAGCCGCAGGUCUGGCUCCCUGGGUCUCUGAGGUCUGCUUUCUGUCUCUCCGCCAGGCGUUGUAGCUCCCUGAGCAGCCUUCCCUCUGACGUUCCCAGGCGUGAGGCUCAGCCACCCUCAGGCUCUGCACCUCCUUCCCAGCACAGAAGUGUCAGCUCCUGGGCAUCCUCCAUCACUGUCCCUCAGCCAUUCCGCAUGACACUGCGUGAGGCCCGGAAAAAGGCCCAGUGGCUGGCCUCGCCUGCCUCUUUUGAACAGGAGAGGCUGCAGGCCCAGAGGCAAGGCCAGGAGGAGGCUGAGUGCCACCGGCAGUUCCGGGCACAGCCUGUGCCUGCACAUGUCUACCUGCCCCUUUACCAGGAGAUCAUGGAGCGCAGCGAGGCUCGGCGGCGGGUGGGGAUCCAGAAGAGAAAGGAACUUCUCCUCUCAUCCUUGAAGCCUUUUAGCUUUCUUGAGAAGGAGGAACAGCGAAAAGAAGCUGCUCGAAAGAGAGACUUGGCUGCCACAGCUGAGGCCAAGGUCCCCCAAAAGAAAGCCACCAGAAGGAUCCCCAAGUCUAUUCUGGAGCCAGCACUUGGGGACAAACUUCAAGAAGCUGAGCUCUUCAGGAAAAUUCGCAUCCAGAUGAGGGCCCUGGACCUACUCCAGAUGGCCUCUUCCCCUAUCCGCUCCUCUAGCAGCCGGGCUGACUCCCAGCCCCGCACAGCCACCCGCACUCAGGAAGAAAAGCUCAGCUUUCUGCAGACUGAAUUUGGAUUCCAGCCUCGGGUGAACCCUUCUGUCCCUGACUAUGAGGCCCUGUACAAGGCCUUUCAGAGAAGAGCUGCCAAGAGAAGGGAGACACGAGAGGCAACUCGUAACAAGCCCUUCCUGCUGAGGACUGCCAACCUGCGCCAUACCCCACGGCCAUGCGAUACUCCUGCCACCAGAGAGAGCAAGGAUUCCCCACAGCCACCAGCAACACCUCUGCCAAGGAGUCACUCUCUGAGUGGCCUUGCUUCUCUCUCGGCCAACACCCUCCCAGUGCACAUCACAGAUGCUACCAGAAAGAGGGAAUGUGCAGUCAGAACGUCACUUGAAAAAAAGGACAAAGCGGAUGAAAGUAUUCAGUGGUUGGAGAAGCACAAAAGAAAGUGUCAAGCCAUGUCUAAAUCAGUGGCCUUACGUGCAAAAGCCAUGGAUCCCCAUAAAAGCCUGGAGGAAGUGUUUAAAGCAAAGCUGAAAGAGAAUCGGAACAAUGACCGCAAAAGAGCAAGAGAAUAUAAGAAAGAAUUGGAAGAAAUGAAGAAGAGAAUACAAACAAGGCCCUAUCUCUUUGAGCAAAUUUCAAAGGACCUUGCCAGGAAAGAGGCAGAACAACAAUAUCGAGACACCCUGAAGCAGGUGGGACUGGAGGAAGAUUUUGUGAGAAACAAGAGUCAAGGUAGCAGACAAUGGAGGGAAGCCAAAGUCAAAGAUUCUCCUAGCAUGCAUGGGACUACAAAACUUGGCAUCAAGUAUCCACAGAAGGAUUUAGAAGCAUCACUAGAAUUGCCUACAGGCCCCAAGAAAGAAGUAGAAGAGGACCUGUAUCAUGAAUCACUGCACAACCUCGAACUACUUGCUUAAUCGGCCCACUUAGCUUUACUGCUCUUGAACAUCAUCAAGCAGCUAACCAUGAGUUCAGUAAAGUCAGGAAAAACUUGGAUUUGGGGCAUGGCAACUGUUAGAAAAUAGGAAAAAGUAACAGAUGACUGAGCAGUUCCAGGGAAUCAAAGUGGAAAAGCUCAGGGUGGGGGGGGUCAGCCAGAGAUAAGGCUUCUUUCGUCUGGCAUUUGAAUAUGUAUACAAGACAGGGCACAAGGCCAAAUGCCUAUCCAAGCUGGUUAGAAAACAUAGAGGAUUGAAAGGGCAGGGUUUAAAAUGAGAGUAGACUAGAGAGUACAAACCCUGUUGGAAUAUAAGUCCAGACUUGCCAGGACAACCAUAUUUUCAGUAUAAGUCAAAAAUUUGCAUGUUGGUAAUUAAGAUUUAGAUAUAUUGUAUAGGUAAAAUAAAUCAGUUUAUCAGAUUCAGCUCAUGGGAGAUAACAAAGUUGUAACCUUACCACAUGUUCUUUCGUGCCCAACACCUGAUAUUUUGGGCCAGGUAGUUUCUUGUUGAUGACUAGGGGAUAGAACUGUACUGUACAUAGUAGGAUGCAACAUCCAAGGCCUCUAUCCAUUGGAUGCCUGUAACGCCCCUCUUCUAGUUAUGACAACCAAAAAUGUCUUCAGGUAUUGCCAAAAUGCACCCUAGGAAGCAAAGUUGUCCCAGGUUGAGAAUCAAGGCUCAGUACCAAAGUAAGGCUACAAGAAACAAAAACUGGUGUUUUAAGAAUACA